CCGGCAAAACGAAAAAGACUGUGUCAGUUAGUUCUGUUAUCAGUUACGUGUGUGAACUUUGUACUUGAACUGAAGUUAAAAUUUUCACGACAGAGGUCUGUUGCUGCUAUCGCUUCUUCGAUUCAGGAAUAUUAAGAUCAGCUUUGAAACCUCUCCUUGUGGGAUCAGCCAGGAAUAUGUCUGCUGAUACUACUUCCAAGUAUAACUUUGAGACCCUCAAGAUUACCCAGCCAAAGGAGUUUGUUACACAGGUGGAAAUGAACAGACCGAAAAAGUUGAAUGCCAUGAACAAGGCAUUCUGGAGUGAGAUGAGAACAUGUUUCCAACAGCUGAAUGCUGACAGUGAUUGUAGAGUUAUUGUUCUGUCAGGAGCUGGAAAGGUAUUCACAGCAGGCUUGGACCUCAUGGACAUAGAUUCAGUAGCUAUCAUGCAGUCCGACAUGGAUCCCGCCAGAAAAGCUUUUGCUAUCCGUGGUACUAUUGCUGAUUAUCAGGAAACAUUCACAGUCAUAGAAAAGUGUACUAAGCCUGUGAUAGCAGCUAUACACAAUGCCUGUAUUGGAGGAGGUAUAGAUAUGACAUCAGCCUGUGACAUCAGAUAUGCCACACAGGAUUCAUUUUUCCAAAUAAAGGAAGUUGACAUUGGACUAGCUGCUGAUGUUGGAACUCUUCAAAGGUUUCCUAAAAUUGUCGGAAAUGACAGUUUAGUACGAGAGCUCACAUACACAGCACGGAGAUUCUACAGUGAUGAAGCCAAGGAGAUGGGCUUUAUCAGCCGCAUCUUUCCAGACAAAGAGUCAAUGAUUGCAGGAUCAAUGGAAAUAGCAGAGCUCAUUGCAAGUAAGAGUCCUGUUGCUGUCCAAGGCAGCAAGGUGUCCAUGGUGUUUUCCCGUGAUCACUCUGUCAGGGAAGGACUAGAACAUGUGGCCGUGUGGAACCAGGGGAUGUUACAGAGUGAAGAUAUUAUGAAGGCUGUAAUGGCAGGAAUGGAGAAGAAAAUGCCCAAAUUCUCAAAGUUAUGAUGGAUUACAUGAUUCUGAAUGUUUAGCAACAUGUGACAAGCCACGCAAAUGUACAAAGUUUAUUCACUAAGACAAGGUGUGGAUGCAAUUUAAUAUAUUUGUACAGGUGUACUUAACAAUCAGAUAUUAAAAGGAAGAAUAUGGCCGUAAAUAAAGAGGUAUCAUUAUAUAAUUUCUGCAUCAGGGAAAUCUGAAUAUAUCAUAAGGAAUAACCUCAACAGAUCUCUUUGAAAUAUGAACAAAAGUUUGUAGACAACAAUGUCACAUUGGAAAAUGUUUCAGUUACAUAUGUAUCUCAAGAUCAAAAUUCAGUUAUUUGAUUGUUGUUGAUUAUUGGGUCUGAUAUUACAAGUAAGUGGUACUAUAUAAAGAAAUGUUUUCUGUUGAUGUGAAUACUGAGGGAUCAUUUCUAUAUUAUGUCUUAUUGUGUAUUGUAAUUUAUUUGGUAACAAUAAAACUAUUUUUUUAAACAGUUU